AUGGCGGACGCCAACGCCGAGGUGGUUGCGGUCCCUGCGUCCGGGGCCGCUAAUGGCCUCAGCAGCAACGGGGCAGGCGCGACUCCGGCGCAGCCCAACAACCCGCUGUCCCGCAAGCUGCACAAGAUCCUGGAGACGCGGCUGGACAAUGACAAGGAGAUGUUGGAAGCUCUCAAGGCUCUUUCGGCUUUUUUUGUUGAAAACAGUUUGCGGACUCGAAGAAACUUGCGCGGCGAUAUUGAGCGGAGGAGCUUGGCCAUCAAUGAGGAAUUUGUAAGCAUUUUCAAAGAAGUGAAGGAGGAACUUGAAAGCAUCAAUGAAGAUGUCCAAGCAAUGAGCAGCUGUUGUCAGGACAUGACAAGUCGAUUACAGGCGGCAAAAGAACAGACUCAAGAUUUAAUAGUAAAGACUACUAAGCUUCAGGCAGAAAGCCAAAGAUUAGAAAUUAGAGCACAAGUUGCAGAUGCCUUUUUAUCCAAGUUCCAGCUGACUUCUGAUGAAAUGAGUCUUCUCCGGGGCACAAGAGGAGGCCCCGUUACUGAGGACUUUUUCAAGGCGUUAGGAAGAGUGAAACAGAUUCAUAAUGAUGUCAAAGUUCUUCUGCGAACCAACCAACAGACGGCAGGUUUGGAGAUUAUGGAACAGAUGGCCUUGCUUCAGGAAACAGCUUAUGAAAGACUUUACCGAUGGGCUCAAAGUGAAUGCAGAGCAUUGACUCAAGAGUCCUGUGAUGUGUCUGUGGUUUUAACCCAGGCCAUGGAAGCCCUGCAGGACAGGCCUGUCUUGUACAAGUACACGUUAGAUGAAUUUGGAACGGCCAGGCGAAGUACCGUUGUUCGUGGGUUUAUUGAUGCUCUCACAAGAGGAGGGCCAGGAGGUACACCUAGACCCAUUGAAAUGCACUCGCAUGACCCUUUAAGGUAUGUGGGAGAUAUGCUGGCCUGGCUCCAUCAAGCUACUGCUUCUGAGAAGGAACAUCUGGAAGCUCUCUUAAAGCAAGUAACUGCACAGGGUGUUGAAGAAAAUAUUCAAGAAGUCGUUGGGCAUAUCACUGAGGGCGUGUGCCGGCCUCUAAAGGUUCGAAUCGAACAAGUAAUCCUUGCUGAACCUGGGGCUGUUUUGUUAUAUAAAAUUUCUAACCUCCUCAAGUUUUACCACCAUACAAUCAGUGGCAUUGUUGGAAAUAGUGCAGCUACUCUACUGACAACAAUUGAAGAAAUGCACUUGCUAAGCAAAAAAAUAUUCUUCAGUAGCUUGAGUCUCCACGCAAGUAAACUGAUGGACAAGGUUGAGCUCCCUCCGCCUGACCUUGGACCGAGUUCUGCCCUGAGUCAGACGCUCACCUUGCUGCGGGAUGUCCUGGCGUCACACGAUUCUUCAGUCGUCCCCCUGGAUGCUCGGCAGGCUGACUUUGUGCAGGUUUUGUCAUGCGUCUUAGACCCUCUCCUCCAGAUGUGUACAGUAUCAGCCAGCAAUUUAGGCACAGCUGACAUGGCCACAUUCAUGGUCAACUCACUAUACAUGAUGAAGACAACAUUGGCUCUGUUUGAAUUCACAGACAGGCGCCUGGAAAUGCUUCAAUUUCAGAUUGAAGCUCAUUUGGACACUCUUAUAAACGAGCAAGCCUCUUACGUUUUAACUAGAGUUGGCUUGAGCUACAUCUACAAUACUGUACAGCAGCAUAGACCUGACCAGGGUUCUUUAGCCAGUUUGCCCAACCUAGAUUCGGUGGCACUGAAGGCUGCAAUGGUGCAGUUUGACCGCUACCUCUCAGCCCCAGACCACCUGCUGAUGCCACAGCUGAACUCUCUGCUCAGUGCCACAGUGAAGGAGCAGAUUGUGAAGCAGUCUACCGAGCUGGUCUGCAGAGCCUAUGGGGAGGUGUAUGCAGCCGUGAUGAAUCCAGUCAAUGCAUACAAAGACCCAGAGAGCAUCCUACACAGGUCCCCUGAGCAAGUGAAGACGCUGCUCUCCUGAUGAUCUUGAUGGCUUUGCAGAUAAUUGCUGCCUGCCAUCACCAGCAGUGGUUUGGGUUUUUAAUCUAUGAAGUCUUACUUUGAAGAUUGAGAAUUACAGUUUCCUUUUUAUGAGACUGUAGGUCAAUUUCAUUCUCAGCUAACUUGGAGAUAACUCAAUAUUGACUUGAGUCUGUACUGCUGUAUCUCCUCUCUUGCUCAUUAGCUGCCUCUGCAUAGCAGCUUAAAGGUCCUUUUUAUUUGGGAUUAUAAAUCGAGACAAAAAGUCAGAUUAUUUCAGCCUUAAGUACAAUGAGUUAGUUCUAAGUAGUGCCACGUAACAUCUAACCUGUGUCUGCUGUCAGUAAUUAAUGUCCCGUCAUAGAAGAUCCCUCCGCUUUCCCUGUAAUGAAUACCUUCUUGAACCUAGCCCAUGUCUCUGUCCCCCCCAAAUAAGUGUGAAAUGAGUUAUUAGGGGAAAGCACAGUUGAGGCUGUUGUCCCUUUCUGCUUACGUUUACACCCGGUGCCUCAUGCCUUGCAGGUUUGUACAUGUUUAAAUGUACAUUCAACAGAAGGGUUAUUCCGAAUGGGUACUGCCGUGCAGCGUGCACUCAGUGUAGCUAAGACAAACUGUUCUGUAUUCAGACCAGUAAGGGUUGUUCAGAACAAAAGUAACUACCUGUGGCCCGCUGUGUCAAUUUGUCAUGCUGGUCUUUUCAGUGAAUAUGUAUGGCAUAUUUUAUCAAAACGGCAUAAUUCAAGAAAGGAACUUACAUUGUACAUAACUUAUUUCUACUGUGAAAAAAGAUUGAUGCACUUAGCAUUUUGUUUGCUAAGAGAAAAAGAUAUUUUUUUCUUGUUAUUUGGUUUUCUUAAUAUAUAUUAAACUAUUUCUGGAGCAA